GUUGUAGUCUCCGCUCACAAAAUAUAAUUAAUUGCUCAAGUACACUAAAAACGUAAUUUUAAGUUAGAGGAGUCGGUUAUGUAGGUUGGACCAUGGUAAAUGACUCCAGGGCACGUGUUUGUUACGGCAUGCACUGUAUAUUGGGCUAAUCUUCAGCAACAACGGCCCAUUUUUAGCUUAUGUAAUAUAUUUGUCUUAUCUUAUUCCACCUAAAACCAAAGACUUGAGCUUUCAACAGACAUCUAUUCCAAUAAAUUCUUGUGGAUUCUGUAGGUCAUAUUUUAUUAUUUCCGAGUGUGAAAUAGUGCAUGAAUUCUGGUGAUCUUUUCAAAGAUGGCUUCAUCUCAACAUUCAACAUGAAUAUACUGGGAAAAUCCAUCAUUCAGGUGGAAAAACGAGUGCUACUCAGGCUGAGCUGCUUCAGAAAGGAUUCACAAAAGUUGUCGAGGGGGUUUAUCAGUCAGCAAUAAUCAGAAGAAAAAUGCAUACGAAAAAACAACUAAAAAUCUGCUUCCAGGUGAUCAUAUUGCUUUUGUUUGGGCAAGUGCUGCAAGAUGUGGCUGCAGGCAGAAGUCCAACUUCUCAAAAAACUGGCUCAUCAAUCUCUGAUGCAAACCUGAUGUUUGAGUUCUUGCUGGGCGGGGUGGAGAUCGACCAGGACAACAACAUUGUAAUGCUCGACAAGGAGAUGGCAUCGAUGAGGCUAGGGCGGGCUUUUCUGUCUCAGAUCAAUGACAACAUUCCUAGAAGUCUGAGCUCCAUGAUGCAGAUGGUGACCACACUGAAGGAUCAGAGAAGCAGGCCACUGACUCAUGAUCAGUUCGAUGUUCUUGUCCUGAGCCUGGUGUACUCUGCCCAGCAGGCCUGGCAUCAGGACGGAAGAAAGGAACAGGAGGCCUGGAGUGAAGUGCUGCUCCAGCUGGCAAAUGUCACCGUCCAUGAACUACGUGGAAAUUAUCUCUUCAGUUACGCAUGAUACACAAACUGCCUAUCUAUAUGAGAUAAAGAUGUAUGCAA